AGCUCAUUUAUUCUAGCUGCAAAUACGAACUACAUGGUGACCACCAGUUUAUAGUACCACUCUAUUGGGUGCUAUGAAAUGCAAUCAAAAUGUGCAAUGUGAAUUAAAAUAAGACGGUGUAAACAUAAAGGAUUGUUCGGGAAGCACCGGCCAUCACAUCACCGUCGGCUUUGUUGUGAAAUAUUAUUUUGGAUUUUUAACCCAUUCUAGUGAUCUGGAUAUAUUAUUAAACGAAUACGUAUGGCCCAAGCAAGCAUUAACAAUAGCCUGCAAUGGGUGGUAAGUACAUAAACUGAUACGGUCAGCAUGUUGAUAGUUUUAACAAACAAACAUUCAGUUCACAGAUGGAGGAAAGGUUAUGACCCCAUGUCAAGUCACGUGGCUAUUUAUCCGAUAUCCGAUUGGACGCACACCGCGGGCACUUUCAAAUUUAAAAGCGGUGCGAAAUCACAACACGUUUGCUGGGAAUAGGGGGAAGGUAGCGGAAAAAAUCACCUUAGCUAAAAGACCUUGUCAGUCUCAGCAGAGAGAUUUUGCCCUUCUUAAUGGUGGUCGUCUUAUAACAACAAACAAAAUGGCAGAGGGACCGUUGAAGACUCUUUUCGAUAACAUGAAUGCCAAGGCUGAAAAUGAGAAAAAGACCAAGAGUAAAGGAAAAGCCACCAAACCACAAGUUAUGGAAGGAGAAAACACAGAUAUCGUACACUUACCAGCGUCGGGGGAGGGAGAAGAUGCCAAAAAGGGAACAAAGAAACGUGUUUCUAUUGAAAGAAUAUACCAGAAGAAAUCACAGUUGGAACACAUUCUGCUACGUCCAGAUUCCUACAUUGGUUCCACUGAACCUGUAACACAGGGUAUGUGGGUGUACGAUGAUAUACAAGAACAAAUGGUUCAGAGAGAGAUCACAUUUGUGCCUGGCCUGUACAAAAUCUUUGAUGAAAUUUUAGUUAAUGCUGCCGACAACAAGCAGAGAGAUCCUAGCAUGAACUGUAUAAGAAUUGAAAUAGAUCCCGAGAACAAUAAAAUAAAGAUCUGGAACAAUGGCCGAGGCAUCCCAGUUGUUGAACAUAAAACAGAAAAGAUGUAUGUACCAACCAUGAUUUUCGGCCAUCUCCUUACCUCAAGUAACUACGACGAUACAGAGAAAAAAGUCACAGGGGGCAGAAACGGAUAUGGUGCCAAGCUGUGUAAUAUUUUCAGCACUAAAUUCAUUGUUGAAACCUCUUCCAAAGAAUACCAUAAAGGAUUCAAACAGACUUGGAUUAACAACAUGGGCCAAACAAAGGAACCAACAAUUACAGAGGCAAAGAGUGACGACUUCACAGCUAUCACAUUCUACCCAGAUCUGCCUAAGUUCAAGAUGGAGACCCUGGAUAGGGACACAGUGGACCUCUUCACACGCCGAGCCUAUGAUAUUGCUGCAGUGGCAAGCGGUGUAAAAGUGUGGCUCAAUGGGAAAAAGCUACCAGUAAAGAAUUUCCAGGAAUACAUUAACCUUUACGUGAAGGAUAAGAUGGAUGAAAAUAAUAUGCCUAUCAAGGUGUGUUAUGAGAAAGCUCACGAACGCUGGGAAGUGGCAGCCAUGAUCAGUGAAAAAGGAUACCAGCAAGUCAGCUUUGUAAACAGUAUAGCCACCACGAAGGGUGGUCGUCAUGUUGACUACAUCACAGAUCAGGUUGUCAACAAGCUUAUUGAAAUUGUAAAGAAGAAAAACAAGGGUGGAGUGGCCAUCAAACCUUUCCAGAUCAAAAAUCAUUUAUGGGUGUUUGUGAACUCCAUGAUCGAAAACCCUACAUUUGAUUCACAGACCAAGGAAAACAUGACACUGCAGGUCAAGGCAUUUGGAUCCAAGUGUUCUCUGUCCGAAAAAUUUGUUACCUCAGUGAGUAAGUGUGGAAUUGUGGAAAGCAUCAUGAGCUGGAUGAGAUUUAAGGCCCAGGCUCAGCUCAACAAGAAGUGUAGUGGCAGCAAGCACUCUAAACUCAAAGGAAUUCCCAAACUGGACGAUGCCAAUGAGGCUGGUACAAAGUUCUCCAAGGAUUGCACUCUUAUCCUGACGGAGGGAGACUCAGCCAAGACUCUGGCAGUCGCUGGCCUAGGGAUUGUUGGACGUGACAAAUAUGGAGUGUUCCCUCUCAAGGGAAAGGUGCUCAACGUACGAGAAGCUACACAUAAACAGAUCAUGGAAAAUGCAGAGAUUAACAACAUAAUAAAGAUCAUGGGCCUACAGUUCAAACAGAAUUAUGACAGCGAAGAAUCACUGAAGACAUUACGUUAUGGUAAACUGAUGAUCAUGACAGAUCAGGACCAGGACGGCUCCCAUAUCAAAGGUCUCCUCAUCAACCUGAUGCACCAUUUCUGGCCUGCCCUACUCAAACGUAACGUCGUCAACCAGUUCAUCACACCAAUCGUCAAGGUAACAAAGGGUAAGGAUGAAUUAUCCUUCUACAGUCUACCGGAGUUUGAGGAGUGGAAGAGGGAUACUAUCAACUGGCACACAUGGAAAGUCAAGUACUACAAAGGUUUGGGUACCAGCACAGCCAAGGAAGCAAAGGAGUAUUUUGCUGAUAUGGAUAGACACAAGAUUGACUUUCGUUACACUGGUGUAGAGGACGACGCCUCCAUUACUCUGGCAUUUAGCAGAAAGAAGAUUGAAGAGAGGAAAGAAUGGCUGACUACAUGGAUGGAGGAGAGAAAACGUCGCUCAGAGAUGGGGUUGCCAGAGCUGUACCUGUAUGGCAAAGAGACGAAGCACAUCACCUUCAACGACUUCAUCAAUCGAGAAUUGAUCUUGUUUAGCAAUGCCGACAACAAUCGCUCCAUCCCUUCCAUGGUGGAUGGCUUCAAACCAGGACAGAGAAAGGUUCUCUUUACAUGCUUCAAGCGUAAUCAGCUGAAGGAAAUCAAGGUUGCACAGUUAGCAGGCUCUGUGGGCGAACAGUCUGCCUACCACCACGGAGAGAACUCCUUGAUGGGCACAAUCAUCAACUUAGCCCAGAACUUUGUCGGUUCUAACAACAUCAACACGCUGAAGCCCAUUGGUCAGUUUGGUACCCGUCUACAUGGUGGCAAGGAUGCUGCUAGUCCCCGUUAUAUCUUCACUGCACUCAGUCCAAUGGCCAAACUUGCAUUCAACCCCAAGGACGAGCCACUACUGGAGUCCAACUUCGAUGAUAAUCAGAAGAUUGAGCCAACUUGGUACUGUCCGAUCUUACCUAUGGUGUUGGUCAAUGGAGCUGAAGGAAUCGGCACAGGCUGGAGCACAAAAAUUGCCAACUAUGACCCACGAGAGAUCAUCGCUAACAUUAAGAGACUUAUGGACAAUGAAGAAGUUCACCCAAUGUUGCCUUCCUUCAAGGGUUUCAAGGGCACCAUUCAGGAACUGUGCCCGAACAGGUACCUCGUGUCGGGUGAGAUCUCCAUCAUCGAUGAACAGACAGUGGAGAUCACAGAACUGCCAAUACGUACCUGGACUCAGAACUACAAGGAGGAUGUACUGGAGCCUAUGCUUUACGGCAAUGACAAACAACCUGUCAUGAUCACAGACUACAAAGAGUAUCACACAGACACAACGGUGAGGUUUGUGGUCAAGAUGACUCCAGAGAAGCUGGCCCAGGCAGAAGACACAGGGCUACACAAAGUCUUCAAACUACAGACCAACUUGUCACAGACUUCCAUGGUAUUGUUUGAUCCCAAUGGUUGUAUCAAGAGGUACGAGACAGUGGAAGAUAUCCUACGCGAGUUUUAUGCCCUUCGCUUAGAGUACUACCAGAAAAGAAAGGACUACAUGCUGGGAAUGCUAUCUGCGGAAUCAUUGAAGUUUGAUAACAUGGCUCGCUUCAUUCUUGAGAAGAUUGAUGGCACUAUUGUCAUUGAAAACAAACCAAAGAAGGAGCUGAUCUCUAUGCUUGUGAGGAGAGGUUACGAUAGUGAUCCCAUUAAGGCCUGGAAAUCCAAGCAGGAUAUAAACAUCAAGGAUGAUGAUGAUGAUGAUGAUGAAGACAAUGAAGGUCCAGACUUCAACUAUCUGUUGGGUAUGCAACUGUGGAGUCUGUCUCGCGAGAAGAAAGACGAACUGCUGAAACAGAAAGAGGCAAAGGCCAAAGAAUUGUCCAGUCUCAGACAGAAGACAAAAAUGGACCUGUGGAAAGAUGAUCUGGAGGAGUUCCUAACUGAACUAGAUGAAGUGGAACUGAGAGAAAAAGAGGAUGAAGCUAUAGGCAUCACAAAGGUGACCAAGACAAAAGGUGGCAGCAAGCCACGUGUCAAGAAGGUGGCUAUCAUAGAGACACAGCCAUCGCCAAUGGGCAAGCGUGUUGAACCACGAAUAGAAUCGGCUAUGAAGAAGGUUACAAAGGCAACCAUUGCAAAAGGGAAAAAGGCAGGGAAGGAAGCCAAGACUUUGGAAUUUAAGAUGGAGGAUGAGGAGGAUGAGCCUAUGAGUCUGGCUGAUCGUAUUAAGGCUAAAGAUUUGGGCAUGGCAGCAGGCGAGGGCAACGAAAAAAAGAAACGAAAUCCAAAAAAACCGAAGGCUGAACCUGGUGCUCUUAAGAAAACCUCACCCAAGAAGUCCCCUAAAAAGGGCAAAAAAAGGAAUCCCUGGUCUGACGAUUCUGAGGAAGAAAUGUCUGACUUCUCUAAUGAGGACAUGGAUGGAAGCUUCCGUGAGACAGUUAUCAGCAGAGACAGAAUGCCAAGACGAGCAGCAGCUUCUAAACCUCGAUAUAGUUACGGGUCAGACGAGGAGGCUAUCAAGUCAGACUCAGACAAUGAUGACUUCCAACCAGUGGCAGAUGCAGACUUUAAACCAGCUGCUGCAGAUGAACCAUUGAGUGAGGAAGAAGAAUCGUUCAUAGGGAAACCAGUCAAAUCAAAAGCAGCUCCAGCAAAAACGACAUUAAUUUCAUCUGGUGAAGAAGAUGACCAGUUUAAUGGGGAUACAAACUCACAGGACAUUUGGGGCCAGUCCCAAUCACCAAAAGCUGAUCCAGUUAUGGUAGGUGAUAGUGAUGAAGAGGAGAUGUUUAAACCCAUAGCACCAAUCAAAUUAAAGAAAACUGGGGCCAAAAAACCUCCAGCGAAGAAAAAGCCUGCUGACCCAAAACAGCCCUCCAUUGCCCAGGCCCUGGCCAAGACCAAGCCUGUCACAAAAGCCCCUAUUCUACUGGACAGUGACGACGAUGAUGAUGGAAUUUUACUGCCCAUUCAAGAUGGACCUCCAAAAGAGAAGAAAGCCAGGAAACCUAAAGCUAAGAAAUCUGUGGACUCUGAUGAUGAGGACAAGCCCAAGAAAAAGCCAGUGAAUAAGAGACCGGCAAAGUAUAUUGAUUCAGAUAUGUCUGGAGAUGAAUUUGUACCCAAGAAGAAAAAAGCAACAAAAAAACCAGCAAAGGGCAAGAAGAAGGCCUUUUCCAGUGACGAUGAUGGAAGUGACAUGGCUGACGAGGUGUAUGUCCCACGUGCUACUACAGGAAGGGCUCGCAACGCUGUCAAAUAUACAUUUGAAGACGAUGACAGCGACAUGGAUUGAACAUAGCCGCAUGGUUUAAGAACCUACAAACACUUGGAACACUGGUUGAACUUUGAUGUGUUCUCACAAGAUCAUAGCAUUGGGACUUCAAUGUUCGGAUAAGGUCUUAUUUCACACAAAAUUAGGAUUUUUCCCGACAUCCUUGUAAGAUCUGUAUGGAAUAACCUCACUUGUUCUGGUUCAAACGGGACCUUUUCUGAUUUGUGUUACAAUGUUCUGCCAUUGCGGCAGUCCGUUCACAUACAGAUGUAGCUCUUGUAAAGAUGACUACUGCACUAUUGUAUGUUGUGAAGAGAGCAGAAUCUCAAAAUAUGUAUUCUGUAAUCAUAGAAUUAAUUUAUUUUAAACGAAUGACAAGGAAUUUUAUCAACGACUGGGGAUACUUUGUGUCUUGUUUGUGAAUUAAAUUUGUAAUACAUAAAUGUAUGAUUGAAAUAUUUGAUAGUCUGCAAGGGUUUGAAGAAAUUUCUCCAUAUUUUUAUGGACGGUUAAAUUACAGUUGAAAUGAUAAGAGACUAUAUCACACAACAGAUGGGCAGCUUUGAAAUUUUUAGUGUAUACUCCUGUUAUUAAGGGUAACUGUAGAGAGUACAAUAUGAACAUUGUUGCUUGGGCAGACCCUUAUCAAACUACACUGGAUAUUGUACAACUAUAUUCGCUAUCUCAUGCGAACUAUGAUAUGAAAAGGUAGUACAAAUAUCAUGAUUCUCCUAAUGUACUUGUAGCAUUUUAUGUUUCAUAUUUUUGUCACUGAACAAAAUUCUGUGAAUUGAUAUUGAAGUGUAAAUUGUUUCUUUCUGUGCUUUCGUCGCCAAAUAGAAACAAAAAAAUUUUUUUUUAAUUUGAAACAUUUUGGAGAGCUUUUCUGUAUUGAUAACUUACAGACGGUAUCUAGCAAUUUUUAGUACAUCAUAAAAAAUGUAAGUUUAAAGUAUAUUUAUCAUCUGUUUUUAGUUUUAAAUCUGUUUUGAUUGUGAGAAAUGAUUGUCUGUGAUCAACUUCAUGUUUCAUUACCAUCCCAUGUUUGCUGUAUUUCAUCUCAUUAGUAUAUUUUGUGACUACUUACUUUACAUUGGUAGCUUGAGACGGUUGAAUGCUGGAUUUAAAAAGUCACUUUCAUCAAUCAACGUGUACUGUUUUAAACUUUCUGGACAUUUUGCUUUCUGUAAAUCUCCUGUCUUUCUUUCGAUCGUGUUUUGUGUGAGAGAGAGUACGAUCUACAGGCAGUUAUACUGUAUGAAAACAGAAUUCUUGUCAUGAUAAUAUUGUCCAUGUCUCAUUAAACCAUUGACCAAA